AAAAAAAAAAAUAGACCCCCUCGGGCUUCCCAGCUUAAUCUGAUCGAGCCUCUCCUUUUAUCGUACUCUACUCGGUCAGUAGUUGUUAACAACAAAAACACAAGCCACUGCUUAUUAGAAGCCGGCGCCUCCUUUCCUUCGCCGUCGAUCAUGAGACAAGUGAAAACCACUUGUUAGCAGCUCUAUUUACAGCAUGGAUAAGUUACUGGACUUUGGAAGGAAAGCGCUAUUCUACGUUAGGGUUCUUUCUGGAUACGAGGAGCGGAGAAUCCGGAGCUACAGAUUGCAGAUUGAGGCUCAUCUCCGACAGGCAAAAGAAAGGAAGGAAGCCUUAAGACGGAUCCCAGAGCAGACUGUGCUAGCAGAGGUUCGCCGUAUGGUAGAGGAGAUGCAAACCGUAAAUAGGAGGCUAGAAGAAACUGAAGCUGCCAUUGACGAGUAUUUCAAGCCAAUUGACAAGGAAGCCGAAAUUCUAAUGAAAAUUCAGCUGGAAGGAGAGGAGAAGUCAAUGAAGGAGAUGAUGAAGACUAUGCAAACACAGGCUUUGCUUGAGAAAGCUGAGGCUGAAAAAAUUUCAAAUGCACUACAUGAAGACGCUAACCCACAUAAGGAGGAUCCUGAAUCCACCACUCAACAGCAUGCUCAGAUGAGAUGAUUAUGUUGGAGCCAAAAUAUUCAUCAAUAAUAGAAUUAUAAUUAGUCGCUCGAGUUAUUGUUAAUCUGAUUGUUUUCCCAAAUACAGACUUCAGAUGUGAUGUGAUUCUAUUGCGAUUGUUUCAGCAGUAUGUUGUUGGCUGCUUUGAACAUUUUUUUUUUUCUCUUGUCAAGUACAGAAAUAAGCCUGAAUUCAUAGGAAGGUAUACAGUACUGUUUUUCUUCCCAGUACGUAUCGCUUGAUAUGGAGGUUCAGUUAAACAAAAUUGCAUCUUUCUGCA